AUGUCGCAAGCCUACGAGCGCGAACAACAAAACAACUCCCGCCUCGAUGAACUCGCCUCCAAAGUGUCUGCACUGCGAGGCGUAACGAUAGAUAUCUACGAUAAUGCGCGCGAUCAACAUGUCAUUGACAAUACAAGCGACACCUUCUCCUCCUUCGGCACAUCACUCAAAGGCUCCGCCACACGUCUCACACGCAUGGCUUCAUCGGGGAACAAAGUCGCGAUUUUGAAGUUGGCAGGGAUAAUAAUAGGGACGGUGGUGAUGUUGUAUUGGAUUUGGCAUUUGAUCUUCUGA